UCAGCUGUCUACUCUUUCCUGCUCAUCAGUUCUUCUGAAGCACGUUGGUUGAUCCGCACGUGUGUUGGCGAGGAGAGGAGAGGUCAUCACUCAUCAUCCUCGAAAAAAUCCUUUGAUCCCAUCAAAAGAAUGGACCCCACGCCCAAUCCUUCGAGCAAAAGUAGGAUAUUAUCCCUCUGGAGUUGCAUCUUCGUGUUCAGUCUUGUUUUCGGUUAUCCUGCCUCUGUUUUGGCUCAAAACCUACCCACCUGUCUCAACGAGGGCCUCUUUCAAGGCGACCUUCUUCGACAACCCGAAGGAUGCUGUACGGACGUGGAAUGCAAAGCUGUGGAUCUCAAGGGGUUGCAACUUGAUCCAGUUGACCUAUCAACUGAAAUCCCUGCUUCGAAAUGUCCUUAUACUGUUCACAAAGUGACCGUGCCUUUAUUCGCUGUGGAUCAAAUAUCGAGGCGGGUUUUGGAUUUGGACCAAAACGUGACCCAAUAUGUUCAUCAAGAAUUUUGCGAUGGAUUAAAAUGCAAGGAAUCUGGCAUUGUUUGCAACGAGGUUUAUGAGAUCAAAGAAUUCCAGACCUUGGCCCUCCCAGAUUACAAACCUGCCAUUUCCGAGUUAUACGUGGCUGUUCGUUGCGAAUGCGAAGACUACGGCAGAACGAAAAGGAACGACUUUGAAGGGGACUACCAAUAUGAUGAUCCAGAUCUCUUCGAAAAUCUACCUGAGGCCCGAAAUCUGGUCACUGCAGUUGCCUUCCCCGAGCAUUUCAACACCACUGCUCCAACCACCACAGUCCCACAAUCCACUACCAACAUUUCUCAAAUCCUCGAGGAACAAGACCAAUUGGCAAGUAAAGUCCAAACCGGUCGAAACGCCGGAAUGGGGAUGGUCCAAACGUUUUCGGAAUGCUCUGCCUAUCGAUCAGGACAAACUACUCAAAAAUGUCGUUGGCCUUUUGUAUACCAUGGAGUGAUUCACACCGCAUGUAUCAACUUCGAUGAUGAUCAAUACUGGUGUGCCACAGAUGUAGAUGGUCAGAACAAUUACAUUCCGGAGAAAUGGGGCUAUUGUUCAGCCAAAUGCCCCAUCGAGUUGCCCCAAUGCAAAACCAUUGGUGGACCUGUAGUCAAGGCCUUUUGUCAUUUUCCGUUCCGAUAUCGGGAGUUGGAGUUUUGGUCUUGCACUUCCCUGGAGGACAAUGAGCCUUGGUGUGCUACAGAAACUGAUCGUCACGGUUAUUUGAUCCCCGGGAAGUGGGGAUAUUGCCAAUGCAAUGAGUUCAUGGGCACAACCACCACCAUAGCCACGACCACCACUUCUGGUGGCGGAGGGGGCGGGGGUGGUGGGAACACGACCACAGUGGGUAAUAUGACCACAAUGGGUAAUAUGACCACAAUGGGCAACAUGACGACCAUGCUUAAUAUGACCACGGUCAACAUGACAAUGACUACCACGAUGAUGAAUACCACAACAAUGAACACUACAACUACUAGCACGACCACAACUACAACAACCACCACCACCACUACCACUACCACUACUACCACUACCCGAAUGCGUGUCCACAUUCCGCUGGAAUCCACUAUGAUACCGAACAAGGGGAUUGCCAUCUAUAUCCCUUCAUUCUUCGACGAUCCCAUUUUGCAACUCAUAGAGAAAGCGGGUAAACCCGUGCAUAGAAGUAACCCGCCCGAGUUCUUAGGCUUUUGACACCGCCUGCAUACUUGAACCUCCUGUUUUCAUUUCCUUUGGCUCAUUUGAGAAUUGUACAUCAUCUUAACAUGGAUUAAAUAUAUAUUUUUAUGGAUCAUGAAAAGAA